GAGAGUUUAGGACAGCUGGAUGUCCACUUAUGUUUAAAUUAUGUCAAUUCCAUAAACGGUGUCGUCUCUAUUACCAGCUUUUGCUAAGAAGAGGGAACGUGGGUAGAAGGCCUGAAUGCUAGGAGAUCAACUGGUCUAGUGGGAGCAGAACAGGGAGAUCGUGUACAGCAACUGUAGAAGCAGUUGGACUCUAGCAGUUAUCUAGUAUUCUGAAACUUUUAAUUAAUUAAAUAAAAAUAUAUUCCUUCACCGCCUUUCGCUACAAAAUCUACUGCCGAAGGCUCGAAUCUACGAAAAGAAAUCAUCUUCCCCAGAGAGGGCAGCAACAAUUCCUUUAAUGGCCAAUCAGUCCUCGCCCUACCCAAUCCUCUGCGCUUCCUUCAAUCAGGACGCCAGUUACUUUGUGAUAGGCACAAGUGAAGGGUUCAAAGUCUUUGAUUCGAAUACAGGGAGGCUCUGUUACGAGCGAGCUAUUGGAGCCUUCAUUAUUGUCGAAAUGCUGUUUAACUCCAGUCUUCUUGCCAUUGUUGGAGCUGGGGAACAGCCAUCUUUAUCCCCCCGCCGUCUUUGUUUGUUCAAUACAAAAACUGGAGCUGCUCUCCGAGAACUAAAUUUUUUAACUUCAAUACUUGCUGUUCGCAUGAAUAGGAAAAGGCUCGUUGUCGUUUUGCAAGAUAAAACAUAUGUGUAUGACUUAAACACUGUUAAAAUAUUGGACGCUAUUGAUACGGUGCCAAAUCUAAAAGGGCUUUGUGGAUUCUCGCCCAGUUUGGAUGGUUGCUUCUUGGCUCUACCUGCUAGCACCACCAAAGGAUUGGUGUUGUUGUACAAUGUCAUGGAGCUCCAAUCACAUUGUGAGAUAGAUGCUCAUCGUGCACCUCUGGCUGCAAUUACCCUUUCUUCCAAUGGGACAUACAUAGCAACUGCUUCUGAACAAGGAACCAUAAUCAGAGUCUAUUUGGUUUCAGAUGCGACAAAGUCAUAUAGUUUUCGAAGGGGAACAUAUCCAUCCACUAUAUUUUCCUUGUCAUUUGGGCCAUCUAUGCAACUUCCAGAUAUUCUUUUGGCCACAAGUUCUUCAGGUUCUCUUCAUGUUUUCUCUCUGGGAUUUGCUAUAAAUCAAAGAAGCCGGAAAUCAAGUAGCAUUCUUGGAUCAAUAAUACCCGACUCUGUCACUGAUGCACUGGAUCCAGCUCACCAUCAUGUGCUUCAUAGUUCUGUUACGGCAGGAGUAAAAAGCAAUGCAGUGAUUCGCAAAGUUGUCAAGCUUGCUGAUGCAUCCUCCUCUGGAGCUGAAUAUUGCAAGGCUACCAUAUCCAUAAUAAACUACAAUGGGCACUUCCAGGAGUACAGCUUCAGUCUCAACCAUCAAAAUGAGCCUUCGUGGACUUUGGACCAUGAACUUAAUCUCUUAACGGUGGUGGUCUCAGAUGAUACCUUCAGCUCAUGAUCAAAUGUUGCAUGACUUUUUCAGCUUGCAGGAUCUCUCUGUAUUCAUGUUGUUGCUUACAUAACAAAACCAAGCAAUUAAACUGAAACAGGAGAGUUGUUGAUGGAAUUGUUUAGCUCUUAGGGUUUAACCUUGAUGGACCAUGAAGACUUUGACAAGCAAUUAUGUCAUAAUUGAUUAUCCAAUAUAUGUUAUAUAUGGUUACCGUGUACAGCUCUUUGGUUAGUAUGAAGGUCUGGUUGGCUUCGAAAUGUGUACAACACAUUGAAUUUAAGAAGCAUCCAUGUAAAUAUUACUUUGACAAUCAUUCUAUAAUAUUUUUAUAUAUCCUUGCUAUUA